AAUAAGCAUUAAUUGAAAAAGUUCAAAGUACUACUGUCUACUUAACUUUUCACUAAACUUUUAAAUUUAAUUAUAGACUAUUUAGUGAAUUUUCACUAAAUUAUUUUAAUUUCUUAACGUAAACAUAUUCAUAUAACAAAAUGCUGCCUCUUUUACGUGCUGCUGCCGGCUUCACUCCCGCCAUGCGGAUGCUUCAAAAGACAACACGUCUGCAGCAAGUGCGUAAUUUAAAUUUGCUCGAGUGCAACAGCAAGGAACUGCUGCAAAAAUAUGGUGUCGCUAUACAAGAGUUCAAAGUAUUGGAAAAUGCACCCAACGAUGCGCAGUUAAUAAACGAGUUUGAUUGCCCGGAGUAUGUCGUUAAGGCACAGAUACUGGCAGGCGGUCGCGGUAAGGGUGUUUUCGAUAAUGGAUUCAAAGGAGGCGUACAUCUCACAAAGAAGAAGGAUGAAGUUCUCUCGCUUACCAAUCAAAUGAUUGGCCAUCGUCUCAUCACCAAGCAAACACCAAAAUCAGGAAUAUUGGUUAAAAAGGUAAUGGUGGCACGCAGCGUAAAUAUCACACGUGAAACAUAUCUAUCAAUUGUGUUGGAUCGAGAGCACAAUGGACCAGUACUUAUUGCCUCGCCUGCUGGUGGUAUGGAUAUCGAAGCGGUCGCCGAAAAAACACCAGAGAAAAUCAAGACUGUACCCUUAGAUCUAGACAAACCAAUACCACAGAACACACUCAUCGAAAUCGCGAAAUUCCUCGAGUUCAAAGGACAAUGCGUAGAACGCGCUGCUAGUGAAAUACAAAAACUCUUCGACCUCUUUAAAGCCGUCGAUGCCACACAAAUUGAGAUCAACCCCUUAGCUGAAACGGAUACUAACGAAGUAAUCGCCGUUGAUGCUAAAUUAAAUUUUGAUGACAACGCCGAGUAUCGGCAAAAAGAUAUUUUUGCUAUGCACACUGCCGAAGAGGACACAGAUCCACGUGAAGUAGAAGCAGCCAAAAAUAAUCUCAAUUAUGUAGCUAUGGAUGGAAAUAUUGGUUGUCUGGUGAAUGGCGCUGGUCUCGCCAUGGCCACAAUGGAUAUAAUUAAGUUGAAUGGCGGUGAGCCAGCGAAUUUCCUCGAUGUGGGCGGUGGCGUCAAGGAGAGUCAAGUUUUGAAAGCCUUCCAAAUAGUCACAUCCGAUACCAAAGUAAAAGCUAUACUUGUGAAUGUCUUUGGUGGUAUUGUGAAUUGUGCCACCAUUGCUAAUGGUGUUGUUGCUGCUUCCAAAACCCUUGAUCUGAAAGUACCGCUCAUUGUGCGUUUGGAAGGUACAAAUGUGGAUGAGGCCAGAAAAAUUCUAAAAGAUUCUGGGCUGGCUAUACAAACAGCGGUGGAUUUGGAUGACGCAGCGCAUAAAGCUGUGGCGGCAUUACAUUGAAGUUCCUAGGAGCAGUUCGCUUAACUUUGGUUGACUGUAAAUUUCGCAUUUUAAUACAACAUUUCUAAAGUCUUGAAGCUAAUUUCUCAGACAGGCAUUUCUCCACCAACAACAACAAAGUCGAAUGGUCACAGUUUGUUUUCAUUAUACAUAUGUAUGUAUGUAUAUAGAAUGUUUGUGGUAGUUUUCAAAUUGAAUGUUACUAGGAAAUUGUUAAUAAAUAGAGAUAUA